UUAGAUGACCAUAAUGAUAAUUCAAAUAGUUUCGAAUUAGAUUCCACUGAUAAUUUACUUGAUGGGCUUGAAAACAGUUUGCAAGAAUAUCAGGAAUUUUCUAAUAAACUUUUGAAUGAUUCAGCUUUUACUGAAGAAAUUCAAAACUCUUCUGAUAAUGAUGAGUAA